GGGGCAUCCUGAUGAGUCCUCAGAACGGGAGUGGGAGAGACACUGUGAGGGUGAGAUCUGCUGGGAAGACGCAGGACGUGGAGAGUGCCCACUGAGGACGGAGGAGAAAAGCCACAGUCAUGGGACAUGGAUCAGAGAGCAUCCUGGGUGAAAUUAAGGAAGAGCAGGAUUCUAGAAACCACCCCGAGCUGAUGUUGGAGGAGAAACUGGUGGACGUCCUUUAAAGCAUGUACUUUGCACUCAGGCCUCAAAGUUCCUCGCCUGUGAGGUUUCAAGUUCUGUGCGGUGCCUCCCGUAUUUAUCGUUCUGUCAGAGUUCACUGUGUUACGUAAAAUGUACUCAGAAUAAGUGUGAGCUCUGGGAGACACAGAGGACAUGCGCACAAGCUGAUUUUGAUGGUAUUUAUGCAAACCCACCAGAAUAUACCCAAGUGCAAGUUUAUAUCCUCCAGCUGUUUCCCAGGUUGGGAGGGAAGGAAGAAGAAUGUGGGAGGAGCCAGGUGGAGUGAAUCAGGAUAGAUAAGUCAGGUCCAAACACAACAAAAGCAACAGCACUUGUCCAGACUGCUCAGGGCAGGGCAUGAGGCUCUGCUCCAUGGAGCUCCCUGCACCUGGGCGAGCAACCCAAGGGGGCCUGUUCCUGCCACAGCUGGAGCCAGAGUCUCGGCUUAAUAACUAGUGUGCUGGGCAGGCACUACUCACAGGGCCAUAUUUACUUUAUGGGCUGUGAGGCAGGCAGGGCGGCCCCUCCAGGGACCAGGGGAGGGGGACAGCGGCUCAGGAGAGUGUGAGGAGCUGCUGGCUGCUGCCCCAAGGCCAGGUGGGCUGUGCAGUAGCCGUCUGUCCAGCAGCUCCCCAGUAACUGGAUGAGGACCUGACGCCCCAGGGUGCAGCUCAGGGGAGCUGGGUAGGUGCCUACAGUGGAUGAUGAUGGUUCCUAACUGACCUUUUCCUCUUUUCUCCUUUUUAGUGUCAAAUGGGAUGAGCACUUACAAUUAUUUGAAUCGAAGCCGCAGACAUAGCUCAGAUGCCUCAUCAAGGAACAAAAUUCCAUCAUUUCGUAAACAAAUCUUGCCAGAGUAACCAGGUCACAACCCGGGUUCAUCUGCACGGAGGUUCGGAGAUGGCUACAUCGUCACAAUGAAGAUCAAAUCUCCAAAGGACGACUUGCUUCCCGACCUGAACCCCGUGGAGCAGUUCUUCCAGGGGAACUUCCCGGGCAGCGUGCAGAGGGAGAGGCACCACAACAUGCUCCAGUUCCAGGUCCCCUCCUCCUCCCUGGCCAGGAUCUUCCGGCUGCUCAUCUCCCACAAGGACAGCCUGCUCAUCGAGGAGUACUCGGUCACACAGACCACGCUGGACCAGGUAUUUGUGAACUUUGCUAAGCAGCACACUGAAACUCAUGACCCCCCUUUGCACCCCCGAGCUGCUGGAGCCAGCGGACAAGCCAAGGUCUGACCUCCUCCCACACGGCCAUUCUCUGCAGCAGGACAGGAGCUCUGGGCAGCGGGAAGGGCAGGAGCCUCUGCCACGUGGCCGUCCGAGCCGACCAGCCAGCAUCAGUAAGGCCUCAGCAGCAGAAACGAACACGUGGGCAUACACAGAUCCCCAAAGGGCUUCUCAGAAGGAAGCCAAACCGGGACACCUGAUGCUGAAAGUGACCCUUGUCACCAGACCACAGAGGUAGAAGCCCACUGCAUCCUGCUAGUAGCUUUGAGCUCGACAUCACUCUCACAUCAAGUGGAUCUGCUUUUCUGUAUGUGUAUGUACGUCUGUUUUAUUUUUAAGGAGAAAAUAAAUGCAAACAUAUUUAUCAUA